ACAUGUAGACUGCCAUCUAUAACGUAGUUUCAGACUUAGCCCACAGUAUAAGAUUUUACGUGUCUUGUGUCUACGAAUGUCACUGUAUCGGACGAUUUAGCCAGAGUUUGAAGCAGAUUUAAAGACAAUAUUAUCAAGUGCGCGAUACGCUGUAAAUAUGGCAAGUCAAAAUUAUUUAAGUGAUCCAAAAAAUCCUUUCUUCUCUCUUGAGGAUGAUAUAGACGACGAAACUUUUCUAAAAAGUGCACCACCAAGAUCUGGUCUUACGACUUACAAUCAGUAUAAUAAUUUUGACAAUGGCCUCGAACAAAAACGUCAACAAUUAUUGCAACGAAAAAAGGAAAUAGAAGAACGUACAAUACAAUCAACAAAAAGGUCUAUUUCGCUUUUAAGAGAUUCCGAACAGAUUGGAGCUGCUACUGCAGAGGAACUCAUUAGACAGAGAGAACAAUUAGAAAGAACAGAGAAAAGAUUGGAUGAUAUUAAUAGCACGUUAAGGUUUAGUCAAAAACAUAUCCAAGGAAUAAAAAGUGUGUUUGGAAGCCUUAAAAAUUACCUCAGUGGUAAAUCAAUGGAUGCACCAAUACCAUCAACUAUAUUAUCAGAAUCUUCUAGCUCUGAAUCUAUGACAUCUCCUGCUCUAUCUAAUUCGUUAGAACAAGUACAGACUAAUAUAGCUAAUACAAGUCCAGCAUUAAAAUUGCAUGGCCUAGAUAAUGAUAUAGAAACAAAUUCUUUAAGCAAUAAUGUGAGCAAAGUAUUAGAACAAAAUUUAGAUGAAAUGAGUGGUUCAUUAGCUAGAUUGAAAGGUUUAGCAAUAGGACUGUCGGAAGAAAUAGAUCUACAAAAUGACUUGAUCGACAACAUAACAGAUAAAGCAGAAAAGACAGAUAUUAUGCUUCAGAAACAAAAUAAAGACCUAACUCAUUUAUUAAAAAAAUAAGUCAUAUAUGUGCAAUAGAUAAGAUUUAAAAAAUGUGUUUAAUAUAUUAAAUUCAUUUAUAUUUUAAAUGAAUGAGUAAUAAAUAUUGCCUUCUUUAGUUUGAAAAAUUUUCAUAUAUGUUAUUUAUUUUGUAAGAUUACUUUAUGAUAUUUUGUAAAAUACAUAUUAGAGUAAUGUAAAACCUUAUGAAGAAAAGUAUAAAAAAAAGAAUGCACUUCUAUACUCAUAAUUAUUAUUUCAACUACUAGUUUUAUUAUUAUUCACUUUGUAUAUUAUAAGAAAUUUCAAUUUAGAAUUAAAUAUAUAUUAUAUUUCUUCUUUCCUGUUCUCAGCAAGUCAAAUUAUCUUUAAUUUUCCUGCUAAAGUUAUUAGACUUAAAUUUUUUAAAAUAUUAUAUUAAGAUUUAAAUCAUUUUUAUAUUGUUUUAACCUUAUAUAUCAAUCAAUGAACUAAAAAUUAUACAAAAUACUGUGAUAGAAAAGAAUCAGCUGUAAUGGAUAAGUGAUAAUUCUUAUCUUAUGACAAUUCAAAUAUUACAUUUCAUUAAAAUUUACGGCAAUGAACAUUGUUGUUAGGAAUAUUAGAUAAACUUAACAAUUUUUGUUUAAAUUAGAUAAGUUUGAUAAUGCAAUCUGAUGUUCAAUAAUAAUUGUGCAUAAACCAUAUCAAAAAAUGUAAAUAAAUUACAUAUAAUAUUAAUAAAUGUUACUAUAAAUUGAAGAAAACUGAUUUAAGGAUAUAAUUCUGAAAGCAAUGUUCUGUAUACUACAAACUGCUUUAAAUGUAACAGUUUAUGUUGCUUGUAAUAGGAUAAUUUUCUUUGGAUAAAUUUGCAUAUAGAUAUUUUGUAAAAAUAAGUAUAGGAAUACAUUAUAAACCAAAUUAUCUAAAGAAGAGGAACUUCCCUUUAAAAUUAAUAAUAAUGGAAAAUGUACAAAUAUUUAUACAAAUUACAAUUGCUAUUUACACAAACCUA